AUAUCGCCCUCUAUAUAUUGAGCUGUUUUGGAUCAAUACAGCUGCAUCAUCGAUCAUGGAUGAUAACGAAAUGUACCAGUUUGAGAAGAAAGAUAAGCAUGAUGUAGAAGUGGAAGUGAGCACAUCAACCAAGACCACCAGAAGGAGAUUUCUAGCCUCAGGUGGUCAAGCACUAGCCAAUUCCAUGAGAAAAUCGCUCGCAGCAUCCGUUUUCAAGCCCAGAUGUGGAAAACCGCCUACCAUCUACAAAGUCCCACAAAGAAUCCGGCAAGGAAACAAGGACGUGUACGAGCCCCAGAUACUCUCGAUCGGUCCGUACCAUCACGGCAAGAAGAAUCUACAAGGCAUGGAAGAGCACAAAUGGCGGUACCUAAAUUCAAUCCUCUCCCGUAAUAGCAACCAUCGGUUAGAAGACUAUCUCGAGGCGAUCAAGGAUUUAGAGGAUCAAGCGCGAAUUUGCUACUCCGAGAAUCUAGUUCCAUACACGGGUCACAGGGGCAACGAGUUCGUGAAAAUGAUGGUGCUUGAUGGUUGUUUCAUUGUCGAGCUCUUUCUCAAGCUAAAAGAGGAGCUACAUGAGUUGGACCCGAUAUUUAGUAUGAUUUGGAUGCUACCGCUAAUCGGGUAUGAUAUGCUCCUCCUCGAAAAUCAAAUUCCUUUCUUGGUUCUGCAGUGUAUAUUUGAAAUGGCUAGUCCGGUAGACAAACCGGUCCCGUAUUCACUUCCGGAGCUCGCCCUUGAUUUCUUCGAUCUAUUCAUGCCUAGGAAUAAGGAAAUCUUGAUUAGGUAUCCUGUUCACCAUCUUCUCCAUUUAUUCCACUCGCAUUUGAUACCGACCCCAACACGUAGUAUUGAGAACUCCAACAACCGUCCGUGCAAUCGUACCACCGAAUCCAUUCCUAACAAGUGGAAGAAUCUACUCACGUUAUUGCGCUCGAAUGGUCUUCUCCCAAAUUCAAAUAAGGCACACUUGCCUAUUACUAACAAUCAAUCUACACUGUCACCGCCUCCGGUACCGAUCAAGAUGAUUCCUUGUGCGACUGAGCUCCAACUGACAGGGGUCAAAUUCAAGAAGAAAGAGAAGUGGAGUAGCAUCUUGGAUGUGAAAUUUAGAAAUGGGGUGAUGGAAAUCCCGCCAUUGUCAGUAAAUGCCUUCACCGAUUCUCUCUUUCGGAACCUUGUAGCAUUUGAACAAUGCUAUCCAAAUGCUAGAAUCCGCUUCACAACUUAUGUUUCCUUCAUGGAUUGCAUUGUCAACACAUCCAAGGAUGUGGCGUUGCUUCAUCGCGAUGGUAUUAUAGAUCAUUUACUGGGAAGUGAUGAAGAGGUGGCGCAAUUAUUCAACCGGCUUGGAAAUGGGACAUUUGAUUUUGAGAAUAAUUACUUAUCGGAUCUAUACAAGGAUGUGGAACAACAUUGCAAGACGAAAUGGAAUAUGCGGUGGGCGAGCUUGAGGCGUGAUUAUUUCACCAACCCAUGGGCUAGCGUUUCUUCGGUGGCGGCAGCCAUCCUCCUCGUGGUCACCCUCACCCAAACGUUCUUUGCCGUCUUCUCCUAUUUCAAAUCGCCAUCCUAGUUCUUGAUUGAUCAUCAUGUUUUAAUGGUUUAGAUAAUGAUUUUUAUCAUUUGUAUUUUGCUAAUAAAAGUAUCUCUUGUAUGUGUGUGCAAAACAUUACUACUGUAGAAUAU